AUGCAUACACUCAAAGCCAUUGCCUCGUCAUCACUGGGACUACCAGCGGAGAGUUACAUUUACUCCAUCGCGGCAUCGGCGCCCGGAUAUUUCGCCGCCAUCUCCUCAGAUGACUCCCUGCGCGUCUUUGACGCCGCCAAUCUCGAUCGCGUGUCCGUGAUCUCCCGCAAGACCCACGAUGGUGUCUCUGCACUCCGCAGCUACACAGCUGGCGAUGCCCAGCUGUUGGUGACCGGAGGUCGGGAGGGCACGGUGAAGGUCUGGGAUGUUCGGGCCGGGAACGCGGUAGUUGAGAUGGAAACGGCGAGAAACUCUCCUGUGCUCUCUGUGGCUUGUAAUCCGGAGACAAAUACUGUUGUCGCAGGUACGGAGCUUGUGUCUUCGCAGGCAGUUGUCGCAUUCUGGGAUAUCAGAUCACCCCAAGCACCCCGUCUCCAGUACGUGGAGAGUCACAACGACGAUAUCACCGAGCUCCAAUAUCACCCGACCCGCAGCAAUAUCUUACUAUCCGGCAGCACGGAUGGGCUGGUCAACAUCUACGACACAGCCAUAACAGACGAAGACGAGGCUCUGGUGCAGGUCAUCAACCACGGUUCGGUCCACCAUGCCGGCUUCCUAUCCGAGCGCACCAUCUUUGCUCUAAGCCAUGACGAGCAUUUCUCCGUGCACCCGGCCACAGAUCCGGACAACACUGCGCAGGAGCCCGAUCCCGUGCAUUUUGAUGAUGUGCGCGAGCCGCUGGGCUGCGAGUAUGUUGCUCAGCUCUGCAUCGGUAGUCAGGGGCCGUAUAUCGCGGCGGGAAAUAAGGUUGAUCGGCGUUUGGAUCUGGUUCCACUCGUUUCUAGCCCGUCGUGGCAGUUUGACCAGGAUAACCUCUGGCGUCUUCCUGGUGCCCACGGUGAAGAGGUUGUGCGCUCUGUCUACUUGGAUGAACAGAGUCAGUCGGUCUUCACUUGCGGUGAGGACGGACUUGUGCGGGCGUGGAAACCCGCUGAUGGUGACGAAGACUCCCAAGCUCAGACUGGUUCCGCAAAAACCUCGCGAAAGGAUAAGAAGCAGAAGGACCGUUAUAAGCCAUACUAG